AUGUCCGGAGCGUCAGACUUCCUCACAAAGGGCAUCGACCUUAUUCAAAAGGCCAUAGAUGCAGACACAGCCACACGCUACGAAGAGGCGUACAAACUCUACUACAACGGCUUGGACUACUUGAUGCUUGCGUUGAAGUACGAGAAGAACCAGAAGCUGAAGGAGUUGAUCAAGUCCAAGUUCACCGAGUACCUCUCGCGGGCGGAGCAGUUGAAGGAUUUUUUGGAGAAGCAGCAGCUGAAAUCCAAUGCUGCCGAGCUGUCGGCGUCGGGCGGUUCCACUAAAGCCAAGAAGGAUGGAGACGACGACGACGCGGAUACAAAGAAGCUCCGUGGAGCGCUAGCAGGAGCGAUUCUUUCAGAAAAGCCAAACGUGAAGUGGAGCGAUAUCGCGGGCUUGGAGGCCGCCAAGGACGCCUUGAAGGAGGCGGUGAUUCUCCCAGUGAAAUUUCCCCAGCUUUUCACCGGAAACAGGAAACCCACCCUGGGGAUCUUGUUGUACGGUCCUCCCGGUACGGGUAAAUCGUAUUUGGCGAAGGCAGUGGCCACGGAGGCGAACUCGACCUUCUUUUCCGUUUCCUCGUCCGAUCUUGUGUCGAAGUGGAUGGGAGAGUCGGAGAGAUUGGUCAAGCAGUUGUUCAGCAUGGCUCGUGAAAACAAGCCUUCCAUCAUCUUCAUCGACGAGGUGGACGCCUUGUGUGGGCCCCGAGGCGAAGGAGAGAGCGAGGCGCUGCGGAGAAUCAAAACCGAGCUUUUGGUGCAAAUGAACGGUGUGGGUAACGACUCACAGGGUGUCUUGGUUCUCGGCGCCACCAACAUCCCCUGGCAAUUGGACGCCGCCGUGAGAAGAAGAUUCGAGCGGAGAAUCUACAUUGCAUUGCCCGAGUUGGAAGCCAGAAAACGCAUGUUCGAGUUGAACAUUGGCGACGUGUCCUGUGAAUGUAACCAGCAGGAUUUGCGGGUUUUGGCCGAAAUGACUGACGGCUACUCGGGCCACGACAUUGCCGUGGUGGUGAGAGACGCCUUGAUGCAGCCAAUCAGAAAGAUCCAGCAGGCUACCCACUUUAAACCCGUUGAAGAAGACGGAGUGGAGAAGCUCACGCCGUGCUCUCCUGGCGACGACGGUGCCCGCGAAAUGAGCUGGCUCGACAUUGGCACCGACGAGUUGAAGGAGCCCGACUUGACGAUCAAGGACUUCAUCAAGGCCGUCAAGAGCAACAGACCCACUGUCAACGCCCAGGACAUUGAAAACCACACCAAGUUCACCAACGACUUCGGCCAAGAGGGCAACUAG